AUGCUUGUUUAUGAGUACCUGCAAAACGGGUCUCUCAACUCUUUCUUGUCUGGCAAAUCCAAAGAAGAUGACAGGGUGCUAGACUGGAAUACCAGAUUUGGAAUCGCUUUAGGCACUGCAAGAGGUCUAUAUUAUCUCUAUGAAGAAUGCAGAGAUUGCAUCAUCCAUUGCGAUAUCAAGCCAGAAAAUAUUCUUCUCAAUGCAGAUUUCUCUUCAAAAGUGGCAGAUUUUGGGUUGGCAAAGCUUGUUGGUAGAGAUUUCAGCACAGUGCUUACGACAACAAGAGGAACGAGAGGAUAUUUGGCGCCCGAGUGGCUGACCGGCAUGCCAAUAACAGCAAAAGUGGAUGUAUACAGUUUCGGCAUGACCCUGUUGGAAAUAAUCUCAGGCCGACGAAAUAAUGACUUGAGUUUGCAGGAAUCACAGCGCUACUUCCCCACCUGGGCAGCAACUCAAAUUCAGAAGGGAAACGCGAUGGGUAUUGUGGAUGAAAGAAUUGCAGACAAGGCGGAUAUUGAACAGGUAAAAAGGGCAGCCGUGGUAAGCAUUUUGUGCAUUCAAAAGGAUGAGAAUGGGAGGCCAAGCAUGGCCCAAGUUGUGAGAAUGCUGCAAGGCAUAAUAGAGGGUGACAUGGAACGAUAUGAGAGGUCCCUGCAAGCACUCGUCGAUGAUCACUGA